UAGAAGGCCGAGCGCGGGCAUAGGCACGACGUGAUCCACCCGCUUGCAAGCACCGCACAGCCCCGGCGCGCACAGGCCGGCUCGCCAUGGCCGCGCUGCUGCGGAGCCUGCAGGACUCUCAGCUCGUGGCCCACUUCCAGCGCCGCUGCGGGCUCUUCCCGGCGCCGGAGCCAGGCGCUGCUUCUGAGGCCGGGCAUCUUCCGGCGGCCGAGAGCAAGGGCGGCGGCGGCCCGGCCAAUGGACUACGCAGAGCCGCGGCCGGGCAGGCUUAUGGGAAGAAGUACAUCGUGAAGAAUUACUUCUACUAUUACCUGUUCCGAUUUUCAGCUGCUCUGGGUCAAGAAGUGUUCUACAUCACGUUUCUUCCCUUCACUCACUGGAAUAUUGAUCCUUAUUUAUCCAGAAGACUGGUCUUAAUAUGGGUGCUGGUGAUGUAUGUCGGUCAGGUGGCCAAAGACAUCCUAAAGUGGCCCAGACCCUCCUCCCCUCCUGUAGUGAAACUGGAAAAGAGAGUGGUGGCUGAGUUCGGAAUGCCAUCCACGCACGCCAUGGCGGCCACCGCCAUUUCUUUCACACUGUUGAUCUCUACCAUGGACCGCUACCAGUACCCUUUUGUUCUGGGGCUGGCAACGGCAGUGCUGUUUUCCACCCUGGUGUGUCUCAGCCGGCUCUACACGGGGAUGCACACGGUCCUGGACGUGCUGGGUGGCGUCCUGAUCACCGCGUUCCUCAUUGUCCUCACCUACCCUGCCUGGACCCUCAUCGACUGCCUGGACUCAGCUAGCCCCCUCUUCCUUGUGUGCAUCAUUGUUGUGCCUUUUGUCUUGUGUUACAAUUACCCAGUAUCUGAGUACUACAGCCCAACCCGGGCCGACACCACCACCAUUCUGGCUGCUGGGACCGGAAUGAUUGUAGGAUUCUGGAUCAAUCACUUCUUCCACCUUGUAUCCAAACCCGCUGAGCCUCUCCCUGUAAUCCAGAACAUCCCACCCCUCACCACUGACAAGUUGAUUUUAGGUCUGACCAAAUUUACAGUGGGAAUUGCGUUGAUCCUCUUGGUUCGCCAGCUUGUACAAAACCUCUCGCUGCAAGUGUUAUUCUCAUGGUUCAAAGUGGUGACCAGGAACAAGGAGGCCAGGCGGAGACUGGAGAUCGAAGUGCCUUACAAGUUUGUCACCUACACGUCUGUUGGCAUCUGUGCUACGACCUUUGUGCCGAUGCUGCACAGGUCUUUGGGAUUGCUCUGAGCCUUGGGAGUUGGAAACCACCCGCUGGAUGUGAGAGCCAUGAAAACUGUUGGGUGGGCAAUAUUGACGGCUCCUUUUUCUUUCAACAAAAACUUAAAUCAUACCUGUGUUGUCGAUAUCAGAUAGGUUAUGCUGCUGUGCUAAUAAUGCCGCCAUUAGUCAGUAGCCACUGCACUGUAGCUGAAGCCCACACCGGGCUCUUCAAGGGCAGGCACCCUCCCCUUCUGUCACAUGGACUUUGGACUAGUCCUGGCUGCACAGGAAGUGGGAUGGGUCAAAGCCCCACUGGCCUCUGGAGGGACGACAAAGAUGGAGUAAGAUGAAGGAAGAGAGAGCAAGUAUUUUCAGUCAUCACUCUGCCAGGCGCUGAGUCGUAUUUCUAAAAUUACAGCUUCAGUCAGGAGAGGAGUGGCACCACAAACAGCCCCAUUCUUUGGUCGGGGCAACUUCCUGUGUUCUCUUGGAAGAAAGCUUCCUCGGAGAGGAGGCAGGGGCAGGCUGUGGGCCUGCGUGAGGAGCCUGUUUCCCCAGCCCCAGUCUCCAGGAGUUCAUGUUGACAUGGAGCUGCUCUUCCAUGGGCACACAUUCUACAGCAUCCCCCAUUUUAUUCCCACGGCCUUCUGACCCACGAAGUGACUGGCCUCUGCCACCUCGACACUGGUGGGCCCAUCUGGGACUCAGAGACUCCUGUUCUCUCUCAGUUCAACCUUCAAGGGUCUUUAGGUUGUCAUAUGGCUUUGAACUGGCUUCUGUCUGUGAAAGUGGAUCAAUGCAUGGACCCACUUAAUCCUUUAGGGUCCUGACCAAGAGGGGAAGGGCCUCCCCGACAGUGCUUGGUGCCAGCCAGGCCUCCCUGACGUUCUUCUUGUCUCACUUGCCUCCUGUUAAUUCUAUUUUCCCAUCUACUGCUCAGACUCAGGGACUCCCUCUGCCUUCCCACUUCUUAUCUGCUGACAACUUUAAGGGUGAUUAAUGCAAAACCACUUGGGAGAGGCUGUCUUGGGAAAACAUGCCAACCACACAUAACGACACCCAUUAAACCCAGUGCGGUCCUCCUUAGAGGCAGGGUGGGGGUGACCAUCAUGCACAGGCCUGCCAGGUCCUCCCCAGGACCUCACCUAGUUCUGAAGAAUGAAGAAUAGCUAUCAACAACUUUCUUACAAGUUACCUUAAAUAUGUAUUUAACCAAGUAUCUUCCAAGGAAAAGUAUCCCAAACUCCAAAACCAGUGUCUCACAUUUCUAACACUUCAUUAUCACGUAGAUAGUUGGGAAAAAUUCACCUCCUUAACCUGAGGUCUGAAUCUUUAUGUCCUGUGUUUAAACCCAAAACCACAUUUUCCCUGAUUUCAAAUCUCCAUGGCCCUGCUAUUGGGAAGAUUGUUGGCAUGUGACUUAGUGCUCUAAUUUCCCAAGAAGAGUAAUUUUUAGAACAUCCUCAGUUUUCUUAAUGCUUUUCUCACAUUUAUUACAGUCAAGCAGGGAUCAAAAUGACCCGGUAUUAGAUAGCUUUUUGUAUCAUAUGGACCAGUCUGGGCAGCAUUGUGAUUGCAGGAGGGGCCAGGCCAGCGCUGGCCUCUUCCAUGCACUGUUUGCUGGUUAGAUGAGGCAAGGCCCCAUACCUUUGGCUGUCUGCUGCUGCCGACCAGAGUGGGCAAUGCUGGAUUCUGUUUACAACAAAUGCUGUUAGUUGGUUUGUCUGAAGCCAAGAGACAAAAGGACCAGCUUUCUCCACUUGUAUCUUUGAAAAAGGGGGCCGUAACCAUUGGCACAGCUGUGGGUGUGGCAAUUCAUGUAAAGCUUUUACAGCUGUCUCUUUGAAGUCUCCACAAUAGAAAGGUUGAUCAGCAGUCUGAGUGUAUUUAAAGCUGUAUUUACAAAAUUUGGAUUGAGAAUGAAUGUGUUACUGACAGAACAUUAAAGAACGGCCAAAGAAUCUGUCAUGAUUAAUCACUUUUUAAAAAGUGGCAGUAGGCGAAGAAAAGAAUGUAAUGGUGGCCAACCAUGGUGGAUGGCACAUGCCAGUAAGUCCAGCUACUCAGCUGAGCAGGACGAUCACAGAUUCAAGGCUAGCCUGGGCAAGGGGACCCUCUUCAAACUAAACACAUUUGCAAAAGGCUGGGGAUGUAGGCACCUGCCUGGUGUUGCACAAACUUGGCCUCCAAGGCUGGCACCAAGGGAAAAAGAACAAGUAGUAGUAAGGCUACCCUGCAUGGUGCCUGUUCUGGGGAACACGCCAACCACAUUCAAGGCAUUUAAUGUUCUGUGGCCUAGAACAUCAGGCAGCAGUUGAGUGUAAGGUCACUGCUGGGUCCCUAAUGGCCCUGCUAGCCUUCGUCCAGUCCAUGCUGUCCCACAGAGCACCUCACACAGCCGCUGUGUCUUGUGGGUCUCACACACCCCUGCGGGUCCCGUGGAGUUUGGGCCUCCUUUCAAAACCUGCAGAAUUUCUCUCUGGAGAAAGACUGCCCCCUGCUGGUGCGGCUCUAGUCUUGGUUCAAAGCCCUUCUCUUGAUCUGGAGUCUUAGAAAUUAAGAAUUUAAAAGGCAAGCUCACCACCAUGUGUCUCUAAGGAUUGGUGUCCCCUCCAGGAGCCAGGCAGAAUCACACCCUCUUCCUGUCUCCCAUCUCCCCCAAACCCAUGCCUGAGUGUGGGUCAAGGUGUCCACCCUAUGACUUUCAUUUUGAACAGCUGUCAUUUCAUGGCAGUUUUUCUCAGAACUGCACUGUAGCAACAAAACACUCGGGGUAGGGUAGGGACCCCAUAGAGGUAAGACCCUUGCCUUACAUACCCUUAAAUAGCAGUAGCUGAAAUCACUCUACAACCUGCCCAAUGGUUCACUGAAACAAAAUUUUCUCACCCGAAGACAACUCGUUUCCCAAGUGUAAUCAAAGCAUGUGGUGUUUGUUUUGCAGCCUUAUGUUCUAGCUUUCUAUUUUGGAAGCCUUCAGCUGUCCUGCUUAUGUACUGUAUGUAAAUUUGUUCUUUUAAAAAUAAAAUCAUUUUUGUUUGAGUUUGAUUUCUUAUUAAAUGCCUUGAAAACCA